AAGAGGCAACACUUUAAUCCCCAGGUGCUAUCGCCUUAGCAUGGAACCUGGGUCUGAGCCUCAGCUAGACUUGUCGCAGGAGACCGAAACUCUCGUAAAACGCCUUGCGGGUCCGUCUUCUGGGAAAGCUGGGCUUGCCCUUGACCAGACUGAAAUUAACCGCAUUAUUGCUGAUGCUUCGAAGGGUUCCAAAUUCUAUGAUAAUGAGAAGAGGAAGGAUAAGGAAUUAACUGAGCGCAUUAAUAGGAUAAAGAAAGAAAAGGAUGAAUCCAUGAGGGGGGUCGACAUUCGUAAAGUUGAGGCAGCGGUUGAUCAAUUACUCGUGCAACUGCAAGCCCAACGAGACCUCAGCCAAAUCAUUGUCCAUGUUGAUAUGGACGCCUUCUUUGCCAGCGUGGAACUCCUGUAUAACCCCGAACUUGCCGGAAAACCUUUCGGUGUUGGGCGUGGGGUCUUGACGACCGCGUCAUAUGAAGCCAGGAAGUAUGGAGUACGUUCUGGUAUGCCAGGCUUUAUCGCAAAGAAGUUAUGCCCUGACCUCAUUCUCGUCUCGAACAAUUUUUCAAGAUACUCCGAGAUGUCAGCGAAGGUGAUGGAUAUCUUUAGGAGAUACGAUCCUAAUAUGUGUCCUGCUGGGUCUGAUGAAGCGUAUCUCAAUAUCACGGAGUACUCCGUUAGGCAUGGCUUGACUGCAGAAGUAUGCGUCCAGGAGAUGCGGAAAGCGGUUCAUGCUAUAACUCAGCUAACUGUCAGCGCAGGCAUUGCCCCGAACAAGAACAAACCAAACGGGCAGUUUCAAAUUCCCUUCGAUAGCGCAUCGAUUAAGGCUUUCAUGCAUCACCUAUCGAUACGUAAAGUACCGGGUAUCGGUAGAGUGAAUGAGAGACUUUUGGAGUCCAUUGGCAUCAAGACGUGUGGGGACAUUUAUAUGCAUCGGGUUGUUAUAUCGGUAAUGGAUAAGCGUUUCGGGCUCAAAUUUCUUUUGCAAACCCACCUGGGCAUCGCGUCAAACAUUGUGGAACCACAUCUUAGGGAGGAACGCAAGAGUAUUGGCGCGGAGAGGACGUUCUCCUCUUUGGGCGACAAAGAGAAGAUAUUACAAAAGCUCCAAGAGAUUGCUGCGGAACUGGAGAAAGAUAUGAGCCGAAACGGAUGGACUGGCCGGACCGUCACUUUGAAGUAUAAACUAGAUACGUAUCAGGUCUUCACCCGCGCGAAGACUUUUGAUCGAUAUGUCUUUACCAAGGAGGAACUCUACUUGGUGAGUCCGUUUGCUGCGUGUGUGCAGAGUUAUCACGAAUAA